CUUCUUUCUCUUUCUCCUGUCAGGUAUCAUGAUAUUACUUGGUUUGAUUUCAAGCUAUUUUUGAGACUUUAAAUCUCCUCCUGAAAAUGGAAAACCAAGUGCAGUCCUUCCCAGGAGCUCUUGGCUGUUGCUAAUGGCAGAAACCAAACUUGCUAGCAGUUCUCUUGCAGCCCUUGAGUGUCAGCCCAGCCUGUGUCGUCCCGACCAUGGAUGGUGUGUCGGCUGUGCAGGAUGGCCUCUUGGAGGACGGAGCUGGCAAUGGGACCUCAGCUCACCCUGAGGCCCUCCCAAAGUCCCCGGGCUCGCUGGCACCGCCUGACCAGCGUGAUGAAGCACAGCGUGCCACUGUUGAGGUGAGCAGAGCUUCAGAUGAAGGAGAAAGCCUGGAUGUACCUAGCGAGGGGGACACCUGUCAGAACGGGCCGACGCCACAGUUCCCAGACCCUCCGUCAUCUCUUGGUCCCACCACAAGCCCAGUGGGUCCUGAUGCCUCCCCAGGUGUGGCUGGUUUCCAUGACAACCUAAGGAAGUCUCAGGGGACUAGUGCUGAGGGCAGUGUUAGAAAAGAAGCCUUGCAGUCUCUCAGACUCAGUCUUCCUAUGCAAGAAACGCAACUGUGCUCAACAGAGGCUUCACUGCCCCUGGAAAAGGAAGAGCAGGUCCGACUUCAGGCUCGGAAACGGCUGGAAGAACAGCUCAAACAGUACAGGGUGAAGCGCCAGCAGGAAAGAUCCAGUCAACCUGCAACUAAAAUGAGACUUUUUAGCACACUUGAUCCUGAACUCAUGUUGAACCCAGAAACCUUACCAAGGGCCAGUGCUGUGGCUAUGACGAAAGAAUAUUCCUUCCUGCGCACCAGUGUCCCUCGGGGGCCAAAGGUGGGCAGCUUAGGGCUCCUGGCACAUCCUAAGGAGAAAAAAAGUUCAAAAUCAGGCAAAAUUCGGUCUCUGGCUGAUUACAGAACUGAAGACUCAGAUGCCGGGAAUUCUGGUGGAAAUGUUCCGGCUGCAGACUCUGCCGGGGGUUCCCUGAAGCAGAGCCGAAGCAGCACGACAUCGGUGGUGUCUGAGAUCAGCCUGUGUCCUGAGGCUGAGGACCGCCUGGAGAACUCAUCCCUGACGGGGGACAAUGCAUCUGAGGCCGAUGGGAAUGAGAGUGACAGUUCCUCCUACAGCAGCGUCUCCACCCGCGGGACACUUGGCCUUCUGGCGAACACCGUGGGCACACGUGAAGCCUCCUACAUGGUCAACGGCCAGGAGAUUGCCACCGGUGCCCUGGGCCAGUUUCCCUCCAUCACGGAUGUGCUGCAGGCCGCAGCAGCUGAACACCAAGACCGGGGGCAGGAGGUCAACGGGGAGAUGCGGAGCCGGACAGACAGCAUCGGCAGCAGCGUGUCUGUGGAAAGCUCUGUUGCUGAAACUCAUGAUGAAAUGUUGCAGGUUCUUAAAGAAAAAAUGAGACUUGAAGGGCAGCUGGAAGCUUUAUCAUUGGAGGCUAGUCAGGCACUUAAAGAAAAGGCAGAGCUGCAGGCUCAACUGGCUGCCCUGAACACAAGGCUCCAGGCGCAGGUGGAGCACAGCCAUAGCAGCCAGCAGAAGCAGGACUUGCUCAGUUCAGAGGUGGACACCUUGAAGCAGUCUUGCUGGGACCUAGAGCGAGCAAUGACUGACCUGCAGAACAUGCUGGAAGCCAAGAAUGCCAGCCUGGCGUCCUCCAACAGCGAUCUGCAGGUGGCAGAGGAGCAGUACCAAAGACUCAUGGCCAAAGUAGAAGAGAUGCAGAGAAGCAUCCUCAGUAAGGACAACACAGUGCAUGACCUGCGACAACAGAUGACAGCCUUGCAGAGCCAGCUACAACAAGUGCAGCUGGAGCGCACAACACUGACCAGCAAGCUGAAGGCGUCCCAGGCGGAAAUCUCAUCCCUGCAGAAUGUCCGGCAGUGGUACCAGCAGCAGCUUGCCCUGGCCCAGGAGGCCCGGGUCAGACUGCAGGGUGAGAUGGCCCACAUCCAGGUUGGACAGAUGACCCAGGCAGGCCUCCUGGAGCAUCUGAAACUUGAGAACGUGUCCCUGUCCCACCAGCUGACGGAAACCCAGCACAGGUCCAUCAAGGAGAAGGAGCGCAUUGCUGUCCAGCUGCAGGGCAUCGAGGCUGACAUGUUGGACCAGGAAGCUGCCUUUGUGCAGAUUCAAGAGGCAAAGACGAUGGUGGAGGAGGACCUGCAGAGGAGGCUGGAGGAGUUUGAAGACGAGAAGGAGCAGCUGCAGAAGAUGGCGGCCUCAGCAGCUACCCUGGAGCAGCAGUUGGAGCAGGUGAAGUUGGUUUUGCAUCAGCGAGACCAGCAGCUUGAGGCCUUGCAGCAAGAGCACCUGGACCUGCUGAAGCAGUUCACCUCGACGCAGGAGACUCUGCAGACCAGGGAGCAGUCCCUGGGUGACCUGCAGGUGCACUAUGAUGAGCUGCAGGCCAGGCUGGAGGAGCUGCAAGGGGAGGCCGCCUCCAGGGACGACACGAUUCGCUUCCUACAAAACGAGAAGAUUGUCUUGGAGGUGGCUUUGCAAGCGGCCAAGAGCAGCAGGGAGGAAUUUGAUAGAGGAGCAAAACGCUUGGAGGAAGGUACCGAGGAAACAUCAGAAAUUUUAGAUCAAUUGAGACAAGAAUUAGCCAUCAAGUCCAGCCAGGUGGAACAGUUAGAGCAGGAGACUACCACUCUGAAAAAACAGACACAGAAAAUAAAGGAACAGUUUCUUCAACAAAAGGUGAUGGUGGAGGCUUACCGGCGGGAUGCCACCUCCAAAGACCAGCUCAUCAGUGAGCUGAAGACCACAAAGAAGAGGCUGGACUCGGAGAUGAAGGAGCUGAGGCAAGAGUUGAUUAAACUUCAAGGGGAAAAAAAGUCUGUGGAGAUGGAACAUUCGCGCUUGCAGAAGGAAGUGUCCCAAGUCCAUCAGCGGAUGGCGGAUCUCGAAGGGCAUCUCCAAUCAGUGCAGAGGGAGCGGGACCAGAUGGAGACGCACUUACAGUCUUUGCAGUUCGAUAAAGAGCAGAUGGUUGCUCUUACAGAGGCCAACGAGGUGCUCAAGAAACAAGUAGAAGAGCUUCAGCAGGAAGCGACGAGGGCCAUCACUGAACAGAAGCAGAAGAUGAAGCGGCUGGGCUCAGACCUGACCAGUGCUCAGAAGGAGAUGAAGAGCAAGCAUAAGGCCUAUGAGAAUGCCGUGGGCAUCCUCAGCCGCCGCCUGCAGGAGGCCCUCACAGCCAAGGAGUCAGCUGAGGCAGAGCUGAGCCAGCUGAGAGCCCAGGUGGCCAUCAGCGGCAACGACCUCACUCUGCACGAGAGAAUCCAGGCCCUAGAGGUGGAGCUGCAGACCGUCAGCCACAGCAAAAUGAUGCUGGAGAAGGAGCUCCAGGAGAUCAUUGCAAUGACCAGCCAAGAGUUGGAGGAGUACCGGGAGAAGGUGCUGGAGCUGGAGGACGAGCUUCAAGAAUCCAGAGGCUUUAGGAGGAAGAUAAAGCGCCUAGAGGAGUCGAAUAAGAAGUUGGCUCUUGAAUUAGAGCACGAGAGAGGGAAGCUUACAGGCCUUGGACAGUCCAAUGCAGCUUUGCGGGAACACAACAGCAUCUUAGAAACAGCUUUGGCCAAGAGAGAAGCAGACCUAGUUCAGCUGAAUCUUCAGGUGCAGGCAGUUUUGCAGCGCAAAGAGGAGGAGGACCGCCACAUGAAGCAGCUUGUCGAAGCCUUACAAGCCGCUUUAGAGAAAGAAAAGGUGAAAGUACACAGCCUCAAGGAACAGGUUGCUGCUGCCAAGGCGGAAGCAGGGCAUAACCGCCGCCACUUUAAGGCUGCCAUCUUAGAGCUGAGCGAGGUGAAGAAGGAGCUGCAGGCCAAGGAACACCUGGUGCAGAAGCUGCAGGCAGAGGCUGAUGGUCUCCAGAUUCAGGAGGGGAAACAUUCCAAGGAAAUAGCACAGUUCCAGGUGGAGCUGGCAGAGGCCCGGACCCAGCUUCAGCUCCUGCAGAAGCAGCUGGACGAGCAGCUGAGCAAGCAGCCCGUAGGAAACCAAGAGAUGGAAAAUCUCAAAUGGGAGGUGGAUCAGAAAGAGAGAGAAAUCCAGUCCUUGAAGCAGCAGCUGGACUUGACUGAACAGCAGAGUAAAAAAGAAUUGGAUGGAAUACAGCAGCUAUUACAGAAUAUCAAAUCUGAGUUGGAGAUGGUACGGGAAGAUCUGUCCAUGACCCAGAAAGAUAAGUUUAUGCUUCAAGCUAAAGUGUCGGAACUGAAGAACAACAUGAAGACUCUACUUCAACAAAACCAACAGCUCCAGCUAGACCUGCGACGCAGUGCAGCAAAGACGAGGAAGGAACUGAAAGGCGAGGCCACCUCUUCCAGCCCCGUGACGCCAGUUAAGAUCCCCGAUUGCCCCGUUCCAGCCUCGCUGCUGGAGGAGCUGCUGAGGCCCCCACCUGCCGUGAGCAAGGAGCCCCUCAAGAAUCUCAACAGCUGUCUCCAGCAACUGAAGCAAGAGAUGGACAGCCUGCAGCGCCAGAUGGAGGCUCAUACAGUCACCGUGCAUGAGUCGCUGUCCUCGUGGACUCAGGGGGACCCUGCCACUGGCCCCGCUCCCCCUGGGGAUCAUGCGAACCCCAGGGGAGACACAGCACGACAUGGCCAGAGCAGGGCCUCCAGAGAGGGGCUUGGAGCAGUGGCCACUGAGCAUCCCAACCCCAAGUGUUUGUAACUACCCAGAGGAAUAUUCUCUUAUCAAUAUUAUUUAUUUGACCUUGUGCUCUAUGUUUUUCUAAGAGAUGAAAUUUAACUUCUGCGUUUGCCUUUAUAAGGAGCAAAAUAACAGAACAAGAGGCAAGGAUUAGAGAAAUAGUCAUUUGCAGAUCACAACUAGCUUUCCCCACAAAAUGACCAAAUCUUAAAAGCCUAGUUUAGAUCUCAGUGAGAAAUUUUUGAAUGUGUCUGAAGGGUUAUUUGCCGGAGGAGGUAUCUUACGAGUGACAGUAGACACUGCUCUCUGAGGGUAACGCCAACCAGCUGGUCACUGGUGGAAACACCCGGCAUGGCUGGGUCUGGUUUCUCACAUUCUUCUUUGGUUCAGUAAUAGCUUUACCUCCCCGCAGAAAUGAAACUUUAUUUGCACCUUUGGUUUUUAUUUUAUUUUAUUUUCAAUAGCCAUCCCACCAUAGGAUGUGUAUAUAAAUACUGAAAAUCAUAAUCUAAUCUUUAAAAAGUAUAUGCUCAUAUUAUUUAAGAAUGACUCGAAUUGUCUUUUUAUUGAUUGCUUUUUGAAAAUCUGCUGUCAGGAAAUAAUGUACAUGUAGGAUUUAGGGACAUCAGUUGGAAAUUAUAUUUUAAGAAAUAUAAUUAUUUUAUUUACUCUGCCUUCUAAAACCAAAUAUUAUUAAGAUAGAGAGGCUUCUUUGUUGUUUUCAUUUCACUUUCUUUUUGAGGGUCUUUUCUUUGUCAUAAGUGCACGAUGCCCACCCAUCUGACCCCUGGCCCUGCACAGCCUCACCCACCUUAGCUGACCUCCCGGCAGGCCUGGCAGCCAGAAGGAUGCCCACCUUCUGCAUGGUGACGCUGACGUCACCAUGCACUGACCUGACAUGUGAGGUGCGGGGAGAGGCCACAGGAGAGGAGAGAAGGUGAGGAGGAAGAGGGUGGAGCUCUCUGCAGGGCUCCAACCCAGGUAACAAGGCUUCUCCAGGCCUCACACUCUGUGCCCCACAUGAAAACAUUCACCAGGGCCUUUGUGGUCAUCAAGACAAGCUGGACUCUUAGUGGUGACUUCAGAAGGCCUAGAAGGUCCUUUAACCUCUAAUCUGGAGAGCAGUGAGGUUUCUAGAAGGGGCAGGUCUGCACUCUGAGGAAAGGCGGCUGAGGUUUCCCCUGCUCUCCGUAGUAGAAUGCCUUAUUUGAAAUCAGGCACCCUGAGUAUGUGAGAUUUACUUGUAUACAUUUUUCCACCUGAAAUAAUUCAACGCUGCAGAAACUGACUGACUGUGAGAUUUGAGGUUUUAAGUUUGUCCUCCUAGUUUGCUAAGAAAAUCUAAAAUAAUAUUUAUUGUUAGAAGUUAGAGAAGAGAGAGAAUGGGUCCACAUGGCCUCCUGUGCAGAUGCUGGUCUGAAGAUGAAGUUUUGAAGUGUUACUGAUCAGGCCAGACACACUAGUGUCAAUAUAUUACUUGUGUCUCUUUUGUGGAGAAAACAGUAUGGUAUUUUUAAGCUGUUUGUGUUUUCUUAUAAUAUGCUGUUAGAAGGUUAAUUGAUAAGGUUAAAGUAGCAUUAACCUCAAAGAUGUUUAGUGUUU